AAUGCUGCACAUAGACUGAUGUCUUCCUCUGUGUCUGCAGGGAACUGGACGGGUAAAUGCGCCUUCAAGCUGAAGUUCAUGAAGGGCGGCGCCAUCGAGUUUGGCCAGGCCAUGAUGGAGGCCGGCAAGAUCGCGUCGCAGCAUGCGGCUGGAAUGGCUCCUCCGCCAUACUUCCCGCCUCCGGGUCCAUACUACUGCCCACCUCCGCCUGCAUACACGCCAGGACAGGGUGUCGACUACGGCUUCAACGUACCCUACAACGUGUUUCCCGAUGCACCUCCAGCGGCAAUCGAGGCCUCGUGA